GGUGGGGACUUCAUUCGUUUCGCUCUUUCACCGGUUGCAGGUUAUGUUUACCGUCAAUUUUGACGUGUUCAAAGUUUUCGUCUGUAUGACUUGCAAAGGGUCUUAACAUGGAUUUUAAAGUCUAACUCAUACAGUCCAUUUGAAAAAUAAUGUUUCUCUUCCAUUCCACGUAUUUAAGGAUGUGGUAUCUUGAGUGUUAAGGGCUGGAACAAGAAAUAUUUUGUAUUGUUUGUUUGGCCAGACCAGCAGAAAGAAUUUUAGAAUGUUGCGACAAAGGAUUAGGAGGGUUGUAUCCCUUAAAACUGUUAGAGAAUUGGACGCUUUCCCAAAGGUGCCCGACUCAUAUGUCGAGGCCAGUCCUAUUGGUGGUACAGUGUCAGUUUGCUGUUGGCUAGCCAUCCUUUGGUUGGUGUACUCUGAAACUAGAUACUGGCUCGACACAAGAUUUCUAUUCAAGUUCACUCCUGAUACUGAUUUUGAUGCAAAGUUAAAAAUUAAUAUUGAUAUGACUGUUGCCACUCCGUGCAAUUUCAUUGGUGCUGAUAUUGUAGACUCAACAAAUCAGAAUAUUUUUAAGUUUGGGAAUUUGGAACAAGAAGACACUUGGUGGGAGCUUAACAGAGAGCAGCGCACCCAUUUUGAUACCAUGCGCUCUCUAAAUUCCUAUUUGAGGGAGGAAUUUCAUGCCCUUCAAAUUCUUUUGUGGAAAUCUGGACAAGCUGCAAUGUUUGGAACUUUACCACCAAGGAAGGAUAAACCCAAAUGGCCUACAGAUGCUUGUAGAAUUUAUGGGAGUCUCACACUAAAUAAGGUAGCUGGUAAUUUGCAUGUGAGUGCCGGCAAACCAUUGGCUUUGCCAGUUGGACAUGUUCAUCUUUCGCCGUUCAUGACAGAUCGUGCGAUGAACUUUUCCCACAGAAUUCAUAAAUUUUCAUUUGGGGAGCCUUCUCCUGGCAUAAUCCAUCCCAUGGAAGGUGAUGAAAAAAUUACAGACAAAUCUGCAAUGCUGUAUCAGUAUUUUAUUCAAGUAGUUCCCACAGAUGUCGAUACAUUUUUCAGCAAAAUGCAAACAUAUCAAUAUUCUGUCAAGGAUCAUGAUCGGCCUAUAGACCACCGAAAUGGUUCACAUGGCGUUGCUGGAAUAUUUUUUAAGUAUGAUAUGAGUGCUUUGAAGGUACAUGUUAUUCAGGAAAGAGAUUCUGUUGGACAAUUCCUCACUAGGCUUUCAUCUAUGAUAUGUGGACUUUAUGUUUGCUCAGGAUUUUUGAACAACCUUGUGUUGUAUGUGAUAAGUCUAUUUAGCGAAAAUAAGAGCAGUCAUCAAUCUGGGAGUUCCGCAGUCAUUACACAACCUUUGACUGAUAUUAAUGCAGCUCAGAGUAGUAUUUUAACUAAAGCAACACUAGUCGGUGAUAUUCCUAUAUCAGUACCCCUAGAACCCAAUAUGGCUCCUAACUGAUUUCUUUUGCAUCUGAGCCACAAUGGUUCCUGAUCUCGUACUUUUAAGGGGUGACUUUUCUUCUAUAAUUCAUGGUCAGCUAUAGUCUCAGGUUUCUUCGUAUUUCAGUGUCACUGUUGCAACAAGAAUUUUGUACUUUUGCAAGGAUUUUUACCUGUUUGCUAUUAUGUAUUCCAUGAGCUGUCUUAUUUUCCUGGUUCUGAUGAGUGUUAUUUUAUUUGGUUUACACAAUGUUUUAUUUUGUUGAAUCUCAUCUACUUGUAUUUUUAUCUAUCUAUUUUGGGCCAUUUUAAUACUAUUUUGUCUUGUUUGAGUGUGCGUGGGGUUUUGUACCAAAGUAUUGUGUGUCAAACAAGUCUCAAAAUAAUGUCCGACACCAUUAUUUUUUCAUUUGGAAUGUAUUUUGUGUAUUGUCAGUGAGUACCUCAGGCUUAUAAUGAGCCUUUACUUUAUAGUUAUUGAACUAAUGCUCUAUAUUAAAGUGAUAUUUGAUGUGUA